UCAAUCGUGGUUGGAUCGAGAGCGUUAUAUAACUGUUUUAUCACGUGCUUUCAGAAUCAUGGCUAAAGUUCCCACUGUCAAGUUCAAUAACGGACUAACAUUCCCAGCCUAUGGUUUAGGUACAUGGAAAUCUGAACCUGGCCAGGUGACCCAAGCGGUAAAAGAUGCUCUCGACAUUGGUUACCGUCACAUUGACUGCGCCCAUGUUUACGGCAAUGAGCCCGAAGUCGGUGUAGCUUUGAAAGCUAAGCUCGCCGAUGGAACCGUCAAACGUGAUGAAAUUUACAUAACCAGCAAACUUUGGAACACCAUGCACAGACCCGACCUGGUCGAACCUGCUUGUAGGACCACAUUGAAAAACCUGGGUCUCGAAUAUUUGGACUUGUAUUUGAUCCAUUGGCCUUUCGCACUCAAGGAAGAUGGCGACAUCUUCCCAGUUAAUGCUGAUGGUACUACCGCUUACAGUGAUGUAGACUAUCUCGAUACUUGGAAAGCAAUGGAAGAUUUAGUAAAGAAAGGCCUUGUUAAAUCCAUUGGAAUCUCAAACUUUAACAAACGACAAGUUGAACGCCUGCUUCAACACGCCACAAUCAAACCAGUUACAAACCAAAUUGAAGUACAUCCAUACCUAAACCAACAGAAAAUGAUUGAUUUCCUUAAAACCAAAGAUAUGGUAGUGACUGCAUACAGUCCCCUUGGAUCUCCUGACAGACCAUGGGCAAAACCAGGAGACCCACAAUUAUUGGACGAUCCCAAAAUUAAAGAAAUCGCUCAAAAAUACAACAAGACACCCGCUCAAGUUGUAUUGAGGUAUGCACUACAAAGAGGACUCAUUGUCAUUCCCAAAUCGGUUACAAAAUCCAGAAUUGCAGAAAAUUUCAAAGUCUUUGACUUCAGUCUUUCCAAUGAUGAUAUGGCCUUGUUGAAUACUUUCGAUUGUAAUGGAAGAAUCUGCCCAUUUGACGAUUCAUAUACACACAAGGACCAUCCUUUCGUCAACGAUGAAUAUUAAAUCCAAGUGUAAACUUUGUUAUUUUAACAUGAAACAAAUAUGAAUAUAUAUUUUAAGUUAAUUCGUAUUUUAUUCCAUAAAUAAAUUAGUGUUAAAAGCAGAAUUUUUAUUUAAUUGCUGC